UGACGGAGAAAAAUCGCGGUGGGAGUAUUAGUGUUAGGGUUUUGCAAAAACUUUUGAGUUUUGAGUUUGAGUUUGAGUUUGAGAAAGAGGGAAGAAUGAGCAGGAGCUUGGGAAUACCAGUGAAGCUACUCCACGAGGCUUCGGGUCACGUGGUGACAGUGGAGCUCAAGAGUGGAGAACUCUAUAGAGGGAACAUGAUCGAGUGCGAGGACAAUUGGAACUGUCAACUCGAGAGCAUUACCUACACUGCCAAGGAUGGAAAAACAUCGCAACUUGAGCAUGUAUUUAUUCGAGGAAGCAAAGUCAGGUUUAUGGUCAUACCAGACAUGCUGAAGAAUGCUCCUAUGUUUAAGCGUUUGGAUGCCAGAAUCAAGGGCAAGGGUGCAUCACUUGGUGUUGGUAGAGGCAGAGCAGUUGCAAUGCGAGCUCAAGCUGCUGGCCGUGGAGCUGCACCUGGAAGGGGUGUACCGCCAGUGCGGAGGUGAUCACCAUAGUCUCAAUUUUCCGUCUGUUGGACGUGAUAAUUAGGUUGUUGUAGAAGUUUAUGAGAAAGAAAUUCAAAUUGAAAUUGCUUAUCAAGACUUCAUAGAUUACUCUCUUUAUGGAUGGUACUGAAUGCCAAAUUUAUUCUCAUCGCCCCUAAUAUUUUGAUCUGGUAUUCUGUACGUGGCCCUUGGAAUUUUGUCCAAGGGAUUGUUUGGUAACUAUAAAAACUGAUUGCUGUA